AUGGCCGGCCCGGGCCCCACCUUCCCGCUGCACCGGCUCGUCUGGGCGAACCGGCACCGCGAGCUGGAGGCCGCGCUGCACAGCCGCCAGCACGACAUCGAGCAGGAGGACCCGCGGGGCCGCACCCCCCUGGAGCUGGCCGUGUCCCUGGGGAACCUGGAGUCCGUGCGAGUCCUCCUCCGCCACAAUGCCAACGUGGGCAGAGAGAGCUGCCAGGGCUGGGCAGUCCUGCAGGAGGCGGUGAGCACGGGGGACCCGGAGAUGGUGCAGGUGGUGCUGCAGUACCGGGACUACCAGAGGGCCAGGCAGAGGCUGGCGGGCAUCCCGGAGCUGCUCAACAAACUCCGCCAGGCCCCGGACUUCUACGUGGAGAUGAAGUGGGAGUUCACCAGCUGGGUGCCCCUCGUGUCCAAGAUGUGCCCGAGCGACGUGUACCGGGUGUGGAAGCGGGGCGAGAGCCUGCGGGUGGACACCAGCCUGCUGGGCUUCGAACACAUGACCUGGCAGCGCGGCCGGAGGAGCUUCAUCUUCAAGGGCCAGGAGGCCGGCGCCCUGGUGAUGGAAGUGGACCAUGACCGGCAGGUGGUCCACACGGAGACGCUGGGACUGGCCCCGCCGGAGCCCGAGGUGCUGCUGGCCGCCAUGCGGCCCAGUGAGGAGCACGUGGCCAGCCGCCUCACCUCGCCCAUCGUCUCCACCCACCUGGACACCCGCAACGUGGCUUUUGAGAGGAACAAAUGCGGCAUCUGGGGCUGGCGCUCUGAGAAGAUGGAAACAGUCAGCGGCUACGAGGCCAAGGUGUACAGCGCCGUCAACGUGGAGCUGGUGACACGCACACGCACGGAGCACCUCUCCGAUCAGGACAAGUCCAGGAACAAAGGGGGGAAGACUCCGUUCCAGUCCUUCCUCGGGAUGGCCCAGCAGCAUUCCUCCCACAACGGGGUUCCUGUGCAGCAGGCAGCCAGCCCCACCAACCCCACAGCCAUUUCCCCGGAUGAGUACUUUGACCCCAACUUCAGCCUGGAGUCACGGAACAUUGGCCGCCCCAUCGAGAUGUCCAGCAAAGUGCAGAGAUUCAAGGCGACGCUGUGGCUGAGCGAGGAGCACCCGCUGUCCCUGGGGGACCAGGUGACCCCCAUCAUCGACCUGAUGGCCAUCAGCAACGUGCACUUCGCCAAGCUGCGAGACUUCAUCACCCUGCGCCUCCCCCCGGGCUUUCCGGUCAAGAUCGAGAUCCCCCUUUUCCACGUGCUCAACGCCCGCAUCACCUUCGGCAACCUGUGCGGCUGUGACGAGCCCCUGAGCUCAGUGUGGGUGCCCGGCUCCGCCGUGCCCGCCUCAGGGAGCCCUUUCCCGUGCGAGGUGGACCCCUCGGUGUUCGAGGUGCCCGAGGGGUACAGCGUGCUGGGCGCGGAGCGCAGCGAGCCCCUCCGGGACGAGGACGACGACCUGCUGCAGUUCGCCAUCCAGCAGAGCCUGCUGGAGGCGGGCACCGAGGCCGAGCAGGUGACUGUCUGGGAAGCCCUGACCAACACCAGGCCUGGCACCCGCCCUCCCCCCCGAGCCAUGGCCUAUGAGGAGCAGCUUCAGCUGGAGCGGGCCCUCCAGGAAAGCCUGCACCCGUCCACCGAGCCCCGGGGCCUGGGGGCCCCUCGCAGCGCGCCCCCGGCCCCCGCCGGCCCCAGCUUCGAGGAGCAGCUCCGCCUGGCCCUGGAGCUGUCCUCCCGGGAGCAGGAGGAGCGGGAGCGGCGGGGGCAGCAGGAGGAGGAGGACCUGCAGCGGACCCUGCGGCUGUCGCUCACGGAACACUGA